GUCAACUUUGAGCAUAUGCUCAGAAAACCAUCCGGACUGCCUCUUCUGCUCAGAGCACUUUCCAGGACCCCUAAGGUGCAUGCCGCAUAAGCCUCAGAGGCCACCACGGCGUCAGCUUCGCCAUGACUUGACGCCAUGAUGGCGCACCUGGCCCAGUUGGGCCUGCUAGUGGCCGUGCCAUGCACACAAGGUGCCGGACUACUGCCUUUAACGAUGCUGCCAUGCGCGCAGAACCUGCCGCAGUGUGCCAGCUCCUGCGGGGUGGACGAGUUCCAGGCCUUGCAUGAGUGGCUGGCAACCUCGCCGACCAGAGCCGAGACCAUUGGGCAGGCCCAUGCAGAGUGUGUGCAUGGAGGGCUAGAUUCGCUGAGGAGCGCUUUGGAGAAGCAAGCCUUUGAGCUCAUCAAAGAUUUAGGUUUAUCUCUGCUGGCCACCUCCUUGGACUACGUGGCGCUUUGCCAGCAUUCCGAGCCACGCUGCGGGAUGCUGGCGCGGGAGUUUGAAGUGGUACAGGCUCUACGGGCCCGGCUGGAUGCGCGGCUGCGGGAAAUGGCAAAGGACUAUCUUCCCGACACCGGCCUGCGCUCGCCGAUCCUGCGUGUGGGCCACAGCGUGAGAUCGGACUUGGACAGCUUCUUGCGAGAUUUGCCAACCCUGCAAAUGGGGCUGCCAGCUGCGGAAGCCUCGGCACGGCUGGCCCAGACCACAGGUCUCAAGGCUCGCAUGCUGGCAUGGCAUUUGGGCAUGCAUUUCUGGGUCCGGAACCUUGAGCUGCCCGGCCGUGGAGCGCCGGUUCUCAUUCUCCUCGACGAGUACACUUCUUUUGAGGACAUGGUCUUGGGCGUCGUAGGGAUGAUGGUCCGACAUGGGCAGCCUCAGCUGGCAAUGGCAGAGGUCGGCGUGCGGUUUGAGGAGUGGUGGGCACCAUCCCUGCUCCGCAGCUCAGCUGGACUGCAGUAUGUUGGCAUCGUCCUACCGCCCGAUGCGUCGUUGGAUUCAGGUGCUUCCGCCCAGCAGAAUGCCUUCGAGCAGAUGAGGGGCGAGGUGCAGCAGUCCGAUUUGGCCAACCGUGUUGCCUUGCAUUACGCCACCUCCCAGGAUGCUGCAAAUGCCUUUCCAGACAGGUCCUUAGAUGCGGCCUUUCUGGACCUCCGUGGCUUGGACGCUGCGGCGGCGCAGCAGCAGAUGGCGCUUUGGGAGUCCAAGGUGAAACCGGCCGGAGUGCUCGCUGGCCGUGGCUUCGAGCCAGGCUCCCUGGAGAUUGUCAAAGCCGUUUGCGCACAGCGCUUCAGUACUGACCUUCAUUUGGGCGUAGGUGGUGGCUUUUGGUGGCUGGUGGAGCCCCCGGAAGAGGAGUGACCGGUGUGCGCGGCAAAAG